AUGACACCCCAGCAGAGAUCCACAGGGAAGAGAACUCACUGCUGCUCUGACUGUGGGAAGAGAUUCACCACCUCAUCAGGCAUUAAAAUUCAUCAGAGAAUCCACACAGGAGAGAAACCUCACGGCUGUGAUCAAUGUGGGAAGAGUUUUACUCAGCUAAGCAGCCUGAUAUUGCACCAGAGAACACACACGGGCGUGAAACCGUACAGCUGUGAUGAAUGCGGGACGAGUUUUACUCAGCUAAGCAGCCUAAUAUCACACCAGAGAACACACACAGGCGAGAAACCGUAUAGCUGUUCUGAAUGUGGGAAGAGUUUUACUCAGCUAAGCGGCCUGAUAUCACACCAGAGAACACACACAGGAGAGAAACCUUAUAGCUGUGAUGAAUGUGGGAAGAUGUUUACUAGGUCUAGCAAUCUGACUCUACACCAGAGAAUACAUACAGGAGAGAAACCUUUCAGCUGUACUCAAUGUGGGAAGAGUUUUACUAAGCUAAGCAACCUCAUAUCACACCAGAGAACACACACAGGAGAGAAACCCUAUAGCUGUGAUCAAUGUGGGAAGAGUUUUGUUCAAUCUAGCUAUCUGAAGAUACACCAGAGAAGACACACAGGAGAGAAACCUUUUAACUGUACUCAAUGUGGGAAGAGUUUUAUUUUAUCUAGCCUUCUGACAGUACACCAGAGAACACACACAGGAGAGAAAUCUUAUAGCUGUAAUCAAUGUGUGAAGAGUUUUGCUACAUCUGGGCAGCUGACAAUACACCAGAGAACACACACACAAUAGAAAUCCUUUAGCUCUAAUUGACAUGGGAAGGGUUUUACUCUGUUAAACAGCCUGGUAUGACACCAGAGAACACACAGGAGAGGAAUAUCUUAGCUGUAAUCAAAGUGGGAAGGGAUACUCUGAUAAAAGUUAUCUGAUCAAACAUCAGAAAAUACAUGGAGUUGUUUCAUGAUAUCAAUGAAAUGUCACAAUGUAGAAUGUUUUACAUUGUAGUAGGAGUAUUUUAAUGAUGUCACAAUGUAGAAGCCUAAAUGUUUGCCCCUCUAUCAAUUGAUUUCAACAUGAUAUAGAUAUUAGCCUCAGGGGAAAAAUCCAGGCUCAGAAUUGAAAGUUGAGUUGUGUUACACUUACCACCUUGAUGACUGACUUGAAUCAAAAUGCAACACUCCAAAAUGUAGCUAGCUGUUUUCUUCAAAUUGUCCUCUAUCCAGUGAUGUACACAUUACUCCCAGAUUCCGUGGGGUUUUUGAGCUGUUAGUUUUAACAGGACUUGCAACCUCAUCUCCCUCCUUUCGCAGUUGAUUUCAACAUGAUAUCGAUGAGUUAUGACACAUAAGUGUUGCAUUCCUUUGUUUAGCGACCCCUAAAUUAAAAUGCAUCACUCAAAUGUAGCUGAAUGUCUUCUGCAGGUUGUGCUCUAACCAGUGAGGUAAAAGAUAUCUCAAAUGUCCAUGUGUUUUUUAGUUGUGUUAGUUUCAACAGCACGUACAACCUAGUCGAUAUUAGUGAUGUAUUGCUACUUGUCAAAACAACAACGUUUCUGGUGCUUGUGCAGUUUAUAUGGUGCUUGUUUAAACAAAUACAAGUAAUAUGAUUAUUGUGGCAGAUGUUUGUGGAUAUUGCACAUUUUAUGUUUAGGUUUUCAAUUUAUCCCAAACUGUUUCUGUAUAUUAGUUAUUGAUUUGGACAGGUUACAUUUACAUUUACAUUUAAGUCAUUUAGCAGACGCUUUUAUCCAGAGCGACUUACAAAUUGGUGCAUUCACAGGUUAAAACUGUGGUUUGACAUCGGGAUAUCCCUCCUAGCAAAAUGUCAUUGAAAAGAUGUUGAAAAGAAGACUAUGCCCGAAAUAUGUAUUUUCGGGUAGUUUUUGAAAAUAACUUAAUUUCAAUUUACUUGCAGGUAGCCUAGUGGUUAGAGCGUUGGGCCGUAAGCCAGAAUUUGUUCUUAACUGACUUAUUUACAUUGACGGCCUACCAGGGUAUAAUAAAUGGGUCUAUAAUCAAUUUUAUUAACAAUCUUACAUCACUCCAGUAUUUCUUGACAACGCUCAAGUGCUAAUUGUCUUUAUGCCACUACUGAUGAAGCAUGACUCAAAUCACCUCAUAUUUCAAACAUCCAGCCUGACAAAAGAUACAUGUUUUAUUAUUCCAUGCCUCACCAUCAAGUUAAUUAUUGCCAAUUGUGCUGCCAUCCUGUUAGAAGUUAACAGAUUAUUUUAUUACAAUGGUUAAAUUGGAUUUCCAUUGUGUUCAAUGGUGUUAUUUGCCCCCUAGUGCAUGUUUCUGGUACUUAGAAAGACUUCGCAAACAGGAAGUAGAGAAUUUGUUCUGCACGCAUAGAAGCAGCUUCAAACAACGCUACGGUGCAGGUCUUUCAAUGUAGUUAUUUCUUGCCACGCUUCAGCCUUGGAAA